AUGGACAUGAAACCAGUGUUAAUCGUUGGAGCCGGGAUCGUCGGCCUCACACUUGGUCAAGCCCUCAAGCAGAAAAAUAUCCCCUUUGAAAUUUACGAACGCGAUGAGACACCCGAUGCGCGCGGACAGGGGUGGGCUAUUACACUCCACUGGGCCCUAGAGCAUAUGUUCAAGAUGCUUCCUGCAGAAACCCUCGCGAGAAUCCAGGACGUCCAGGUCGAUCCCGACGUUGCGCGCCACGACAAUGGUAACUUCUUGUUUGUGAAUCUAGAGACUGGGGAGCCGAAAUAUCGCAUCCCGCCUAGUAGACGGUGGCGCGUGAAUCGAGAGAAGAUGCGGAGGGCUUUGUUACAGGGGAUUGAAGAGCAGGUUCAUUGGGGUCAACGGGCUGUCGGGUUGAAAGUUCCUCAGAAUGAAGAUCAUGUGCAAUUGAUUUUCGCUAAUGAGAAAACUCCCGUAACGGGACGGAUGGUAGUUGGCGUUGAAGGAAGUCGAUCGAUCGUCAGGCAGAUACUGCGACCGGAUGCAUUCGACAAUAUACCUCUGCCAAUCCGUUUCACCGGCGUGGCGGUCGAUUUGACGCCAGCAGAGAUUGCUCCGCUACGAGACAUGGAUCCGCUAUUGUUCCAGGGAUGCCAUCCGCCGACGGGGGCAUUUUUCUGGUUCUCCAUGUUGGAGACGCCACAGGGGAAUGGAACGGCGGGUUCGGGUUCCGAGCGAUACCGGGCGCAGAUAUGCAUGUCGUGGCCGGUGCAGGAUUCAGCGGACGAAGUCGCGGCUACGGAUGAGGCGCGACUGGCGAAUAUGAAACGGCGUGCGGAGGGAUUCGUCCCGUUUUUGAAGCAGACUGUGGAUCGUAUUCCGAGUGGAACUUUGGUCACAGAGAUCAAAUUGGCGGAUUGGGAGUGUCUCACUUGGGAUAACCAUGGUGGACGAGUAACGCUGGCCGGAGAUGCCGCGCAUGCGAUGACGAUGUAUCGCGGGGAAGCGGCGAAUCACGGCCUUCUUGAUGCAUUCCAUUUAAUGCAAGCUAUUGAAAAGCUCCAUUUAGGCAACACAACGGCUCAAUCGGCAAUCGACGAAUUUGAGCAGGAGAUGAGGACGCGGACGAGUCGGGCUGUGCGGCUCAGUCGGCAGGCAUGUUUAGAUGCCCACGAUUGGAGUCGACUGGAUGAGACCUCGGCUAUUUUGACCAAGCGAGCAAUUGGAGAAGAAUAA